AUGAAUAACAUAAGAGCGAACAAAAUCAAAGAUUAGAAUUUAGUCCAAUAAAAGUUUAGUUAUAAUCCUCUCAUAAAGUAAACCUAAAAGAUAUAUGAUUAGAAAUCAAAUGGAAAUAUUAAACUGUAUUCAGAAAUAACUUUAAGUCUCCACCUAUAUUUAGGCCGAUUUUUAAUUAAUUGAUUAUUUAAGCGUUUUAAAUCUUCAAAUGCCAAAAUUAUGCAAUUAUCUAGAUUCUCAAGAUAAUAGAAAUAAAUAAUAUAUAUAAUAUAUAUAUAAAAAUCCAAUAAUUUUAAUUUAUUGUUUUAAAAUCGACAUGGAUUAAUCAUAAUAUUCUAUUCACUAACUACUACAAACAAAAAGAGAUUUAUUAAGAGAAACUAUAAGAAAAAAUGAUUUAAUGAAAACAUUAGAAGAUAAAAGAAUAAAAAUUUAAUAGAAUUAGGAAGAUUAGGAAUGUUAAAUAACUUAAUCCAAUUCAUCAAAAAAGAGGAGAAGAAACAGAUAAAAAAUUGAAACAGAAAAUACAUCAGAAGAAGAUGGAUUUGAUCGAUUAACUAAACUUAAAUCUAAAAAGAAUUUAACUCCAACUUAUUUGAUAUAAAUUCUCGACUAUCUUAAAACAGACCCAUGCAGCUUUUAAGUAAUAAGGAUACUUGAAUUAUGCGAAGGAGCAAUUUUAGAUGAAAAAUUAAUAAAUUCACCUCUGGUUCCAUAUUUAGUUGAAAUCAUCUUUGUUGUAACUAAAUACAAGCAAUCAAUUCCUUUUAAAGUAAUUAUUCUCAAAAUUUAUUUUAGCCUUUACUUUUACUCUUAAAAGCUUUUGCCAUUCAUUAGGAAUAUAUAAUUUUGUAAUACAUUUAAAUGUAUUUAUAAAAUAAUAAACAAGAAAAGCAUGACAUUGAUUAAUAUUGCAAACAGAAAUAUUAAUGUUAAGAAUAAAAUCUGAUAUAUAUAAUAUGCAAGAAUUUCAAAUAUGUAAUUGUUAUAUUUAUACUUAGGCCAACCUUUAAAUGUAGCUCUUUUUGUGUGAGACUAUUAGAAAUAAAGAGAUUGUUCAAGCAAUAUAGUUUUAUGGAGGAUUCAAUUUCGACACAACGAUAGAAUAUCAAAAGGAAUAUAGAAGCACUAUUAAAAAAUUAUAGUAAUUAGCCGAAAUUUUGUUAUCAGGGUCUGAAUUCUAUUUUAUGCCGGAGGAAGAUUUAAAUAUUUGA